AUUUGUUAAAGGGAAUCACAUACCUUUAAUCAUGAAAGGUUUUCUUGUGGUUCUUGCACUUGGCUUUUUUGUAGCAACAUGGGCAGAGGAACCAAAAAUACUCGAGGAUGUUAAGUUUGAAUAUGUGGUGGAAGAAGAGCCAGAAGGCGAUCUCAAAAUCAAAGAAAUCGUUGAUGGAUAUGGACCAGAUCAUGGGGAGAGACCUCCUGGAACAGGAGCAAAGUCACUCGGUGGUAACUAUUACGGGAAUAAUAGGUAUAACCGUGGUGGAUAUUAUUACGCCCAAUGUCCUGCUUACGGCUACAAACCCGUGCACCCCAUCUGUUCAGCAGCUAAUGAAUGCUACAAAAGUCAUUGUAAAGUCUCAAUAAGUAAAGGAUAUUACUGCGGGUUGCAGUUUUUCUUGCACAAACCCCUUGUGGUCGCUGGAACCUAUUGCAAGUCCAAAACUCAACAAUGCGGAAAGAACCACUGGCGUAAAUGUUACUGCACAACCAAAUUCUGUUGGUUCAAGUUGAAGAAAGUUAUCAAGCACUACAGUAAAUUCUACAUCGUCUAUGUAUGGAUGAGGCGUGCUUGUGGAUGCGAAUGCCGUGGAAAGAUGGUACCUAAGCCGUAUUACCCUCCUGUUCAUUAUUCCAAACCGAUUCAUCCCAAACCAGUUUAUCCUAAGCCACAUUACCCGACUAAACCAGUUUAUCACAGUAGAACAUCCUAUACUGAUGAUUCGCGUCCGGGGUACCCACAUGGUGAUGAUACCUACCCAAAUACCUACGGAGAUUGGUAGUUUUACUUCUAUGAUACCCCUACACGAGGAUAAAGACCGGCUUGAAGACAACGAUUGAUUCUUUCUAUUUUUUUCUCGUUAAAAUAAAAUUAAUUCGACCGAAUAGUAA